CUGGCGGGAAGAGGCAAGAUGGCGGCGUAGGCGCGAGGCGGCGUGGCUGCGCGCUCACGGUGCCGCGUCCCCGCGCAGGAGGCGGACGGGUCCCCGCGCGGCCGCCGGUUGCGGCGCCAGACGGAGCGGGGAGGAGGAGCGGGACAGCGCCGCAGCCGCCACCAUGCCCAACAUCAAGAUCUUCAGUGGGAGCUCGCACCAGGACCUGUCGCAGAAGAUCGCGGACCGCCUGGGCCUGGAGCUGGGCAAGGUGGUCACGAAGAAGUUCAGCAACCAGGAGACCUGCGUGGAAAUAGGCGAGAGUGUGCGUGGGGAAGAUGUCUACAUUGUGCAGAGUGGCUGUGGGGAGAUCAAUGACAAUCUGAUGGAGCUCCUUAUCAUGAUCAAUGCCUGUAAGAUUGCCUCAGCCAGCAGAGUCACCGCUGUCAUACCCUGCUUCCCUUACGCUCGGCAAGACAAAAAGGACAAGAGUCGAGCUCCCAUCUCUGCCAAGCUGGUUGCAAACAUGCUGUCUGUGGCAGGUGCAGAUCAUAUCAUCACCAUGGACCUGCAUGCAUCUCAGAUUCAGGGUUUUUUUGAUAUCCCUGUUGAUAACUUAUAUGCUGAGCCUGCUGUACUGAAAUGGAUCAAAGAGAAUAUUGCAGAGUGGAAGAACUGUACCAUUGUUUCACCAGAUGCUGGUGGAGCCAAGAGAGUGACCUCCAUUGCAGAUCGGUUGAAUGUGGACUUCGCCCUCAUCCACAAGGAGCGCAAGAAAGCCAACGAGGUGGAUCGCAUGGUGCUGGUGGGGGAUGUGAAGGACAGAGUGGCCAUCCUGGUAGAUGAUAUGGCAGAUACAUGUGGUACCAUCUGUCAUGCUGCAGACAAGCUUGUGUCAGCUGGAGCCACCAAAGUUUAUGCCAUCCUAACUCACGGGAUCUUUUCUGGGCCAGCAAUCUCUCGAAUCAACAAUGCCUGUUUUGAGGCAGUUGUAGUCACAAACACAAUACCCCAGGAGGACAAGAUGAAGCAAUGCCCUAAAAUCCAGGUGAUUGACAUCUCAAUGAUCCUUGCGGAGGCCAUCAGGAGGACUCAUAAUGGGGAAUCUGUCUCCUACCUAUUCAGCCAUGUCCCUUUAUAACAACAGAUGUGCCAGCUGCUGCUUGUAUGGCUUUUUUUUUUUUCAAACCAAAAGUUGUUCAGCUUGUUGUAAAGUUCAGUAGAGGACUAUGCUUUUUGGUUCCAGUGCAGCUCUCCACAGCUGCUCCUGCUUAAGUCAGGCUUACUGGCUCUGAUCCCAGCACUGGGAGGCAGGGGGAGGGAAGCUCAUCUCUGUAACACUCCAACUCCACCAGCAACCCUGUGCACUGGGGCUCAGCAGUAGCACUGACUGAGUCUGCAGACCUGUGGAGAGCAGGACUGACACAUGGCUCAUUGCCACAAUUAUUUUAUGGGGAGGGGGUUGGGGGGAAAAUAAGAGGGUUUGUCUGUGGGCAAGGUUAGAUGAUCUGGCAUGCACACCCUAAAUUGUUUGGGAAGCAGAGCUCCCUAGGACAUGUUGAUCUGCAUCUACAGCAAGAGCCUGAGAGACUGCUGGCUGUCUUACCACUCUGUACCUGACAGAAGCCCUUGAAGUGAUGGGGAAGGCUGGUGCCUUGGCCAAGCUUGACCCUAGACUUGACCGUGGGUGACAUCUGGGAAGUGAUUCUGCUACGGCUUCCUCCCAUAAAAUAAGGUCAGUGUAGCUGGCAAACUUGGGUUCAUCUUAAUGAUGAAAUCAGUUCCCUUCAGUGUGCUGCACAGGAAGGUGAGGGCACAGGCUGUGCAUGCUGCCUUGCUAUGUUAACUUGGUGGUGAAGGUGCAUCCUGGACAAGAAUUAUUCUGCCUCUUAUGUAGAGGACUCAUGGUAGUUGUGUGCUUUAGUGUAGGCUAAAACCAGUUCCUCAGUUUCACAGCUUACUGUUGGCCUGGCUAGCAAUUAGAGGACUGUUGUCACAUUCUGUAGCUGUACCUUGGCUUGCUGUGCAAAUCCUUGAUCCUUGUUUUACCAGUACACUAGUAAACUGAGCCUCUUUAUCCCAUAGUAGUUUGGUUGAUGCAUCAAGCAAGUGCCUGCUCAGACACUGGGGUGACCUAAUAUGCAACAGCUUUGUGUCUAGCUGUCUUAGCCUCUCAUUGCCUGCACUCCUGUUCUGCUAGUUACUGACAUGUCUGGUUGCUUGUCAUGGUCACUGUCUGCCUGGCCUUGAAGGUGUUGCUCCUUGCAAAAGAUCUUUAAGGAGCACAGGAGGUUGCAGGACUACAAACCCUAAAGAAGCUCGUGGAGUGGAUUUGAUGCUGCUAGUGAGUGCUUACAGCAAUGGGUUAAAGAGGCUGGUGGUACAUAGUACUGGGAAAACUGCAGCUCUGACACCAACCUGCCAGGCAGCAAAGUGCUGGAAAGAAAAAUACCAAAACUAGAGCUGGCUGAGGCUCCCAGAUGUAAUAAGUAUAAUCUGAAACUUGAAUACUUAGUAACUGUACCAGACAAUCACAAGGUAAACCGUUAAAUCUCUUCUAGACUCUUAUGGGGUUAUAGACCAAGCUGGUUUAUGCUCUGUUUUUUAUAAGCACUCCUCUUUUAUUUGAUUUUUUUUUUCAGCUGGAGGAAGGGAAAAAGGGGAAAGUAAUUUGAAAUUACUUGCUAGAAUAACCAGCAUGGCUUUGAGAGGCUAGGGCCUGGGGUGGGUAUAAGUGGAACAAACUGAAAGGCUUGGUUAAGAUCUGUGGCAGUAUGUCUUUAGUUGUGCCUUUUACUGAAGACUUCAUUCCUAGAACUCCUGUCCUGUGGCAACAUUAACACUUCUAUUCCAGUGUAGGGGUUUAUUUUUUGUAGAAGAAUUGAUGUUUGUCUGGAAAGUGUGUGUCUCUUGCUUCUUUGCUUUGCGUCCUGCACUGAGCUCUCCCAAGAGUCUUGAUUCCUGCCUCCUGCACAGGAGCCCCUGCUGCUGCACUGCCAGUGUCCUGAGUCCAGAGCCACUGGGGUAGCAGUGGGAGGAUUUUCAGCAGCAUUUGUGUUUGAACUUAAGACCUGAUGAAGGAAUUAAACUUUUAUUUAAAAACAA